CAAACAAACAAACCCCAUUUUCAAUUUUUUUUCUCUCAUUUGUUUCGUUUUAGAAGGGGAAGGGGAGGGAGGAGCAGGUCGGGGAGCCAGGGAAAUCUUGUCAGAUCGGCAGGGGAGCUGGUUUUUCAAGGGUCAUGGGUAGGGAAAUUGAUGGUGUAAUGGAGAAGCCAAAUGGUUCUGUUGUGGUUUUAAAUGGUGUUUCUCAUGACAAAGUCCUUGUUUCCCCCAAAGUUAUUGAUUCGGAGGAACUCGGAAGCGAGGAGAAUUCGGUUGUCGAAAGUUAUCAAGAAAAGGAGAACAAUGGUGUAGGAAUCAGAAGCUCUAACCUUGAUGCCAGUGUGUCUAGCUCUGUGUUUGCACCUGCGCCCGUGCUCGUGUCCGUGGAGAAGAAGGCGGAGAGGACUGUUGCACAGAAAAUUAGUGACUUUAAUAAGUCUAUCUCGCCCAGGGCUAUAGCUGUUAGUCCAAGAAUUGUGCGAUUAAACCACAAGGCUCAGCAACCAACCGUGCAGGCUAGGGAAAAAGCAGCAAUGAGCUCACCAACCAUUGAGACCAAGCCUUCUCCAAAAACCGUUGAGGCUUCUUCGACAACUGUUGUUGGGGCUUCUACGACAACUGUUGUUGGGGCUUCUACGACAACUUUUGUUGAGGCUUCCUCGAAACCCGUUGUUGAGGCUCCCCCGACACCCGUUGUUGAGGCUCCCCCAACAACCGUUGUUGAGGCUCCCCCGAAAACCGUUGUUGAGGCUCCCCUGAAAACCGUUGUUGAGGCUGCGCCGACAACCGUUGUUGAGGCUGGUCCAAAAACCGUUGUUGAGGCUUCCCCGAAAACCGAUGUUGAGGCUUCCUCGAAAACCGUUGUUGAGGCUCCCCCGAAAACCGAUGUUGAGGCUUCUCCGACAACCGUUGUUGAGCCUCUUCCGACAACCGUUGUUGAGCCUCUUCCGACAACCGUUGUUGAGCCUCCUCCGACGACCGUUGUUGAACCUCCUCCGACGACCGUUGUUGAGCCUCCUCCGACAACCGUUGUUGAACCUCCUCCGACGACCGUUGUUGAGCCUCCUCCGACAACUGUUGUUGAGCCUCCUCCAAAAACCGUUGUUGAGCCUCCUCCGAAAACUGUUGUUCAGGCUCCUCCAAAAACCAUUGUUGAGCCUCCUCCAAAAACUGUUGUUGAGCCUCCUCCAAAAACUGUUGUUGAGCCUCCUCCAAAAAUCGUUGUUGAGCCUCCUCCAAAAACCGUUGUUGAGCCUCCUCCAAAAACCGUUGUUCAGGCUCCUUCAAAAACCGUUGUUCAGGCUCCUCUGAAAACCAUUGUUGAGCCUCCUCCAAAAACCGUUGUUGAGCCUCCUCCAAAAAUUGUUGUUCAAGCUCCUUCAAAAACUGUUGUUCAUGCUCCUCUGAAAACCAUUGUUGAGGCUCCUCCAAAAACCGUUGUUGAGCCUCCUCCAAAAAUUGUUGUUCAGGCUCCUUCAAAAACCGUUGUUCAUGCUCCUCUGAAAACCAUUGUUGAGCCUCCUCCGAAAACCAUUGUUCAGGCUCCUUCAAAAACUGUUGUACAGGCUCCUCUGAAAACCAUUCUUGAGCCUCCUCCGAAAACCGUUGUUCAGGCUCCUUCAAAAACCUUUGUACAGGCUCCUCUGAAAACCAUUCUUGAGGCUCCUCCAAAAACCGUUGUUCAAGCUCCUUUCAAAACCGUUGUUCAAGCUCCUCUAAAAACCAUUGUUGAGGCUCCUCCAAAAACCGUUGUUCAGGCUCCUUCGAAAACCGUUGUUCAGGCUCUUUCAAAAACCGUUGUUCAAGCUCCUCUGAAAACCAUUGUUGAGGCUCCUCCAAAAACCGUUGUUGAGCCUCCACUGAAAACCGUUGUUCAGGCUCCUCCAAAAACCGUUGUUCAGGCUCCUCCAACGACCGUUGUUCAGGCUCCUCCAAAAACCGUUUUUCUGGCUCCUCCAACAACCAUUGUUCAUGCUUCCCUAAACACUAUCAAAUUGCAAUCUCCCCACAGCCCAAAAAAGGAUUCACUGCCGAACUCGCCUCAAUCGUCGCGUAGAUCUUCACAUAACGAUCUUAAGAAAUAUCACGAAGAAGAAGAUCAUUGGUCCAUCGCCUCCUCCACCAUUGCAUCCGUUCAACAACUCAAAUCUAAAGUAACUAUCGGAACGGCUCCCACGUUUAGAUCGGCUAAACGUGCUGAUAAAAGGAAGGAGUACUAUAAUAAGUUGGAGGAGAAACAAAAAGCCAUGGAGGCAGAGAGAAUCCAAUACGAAGCCCGAAUUAAGGAAGAGCAAGAAGCAGCAAUCAAGCAGCUUAGGAAGGGAUUAGUGAUUAAGGCAAAACCAGUGCCCAACUUCUAUUAUGAAGGACCACCACCUAAGGUUGAACUCAAAAAGCAACCAUUAACUCGACCAAAGUCUCCAAAUCUAACUCGAAGGAAAAGCUGCAGUGACGUGACCAACUUAAACCUAGAGGAGAAAGGAAAAGUAUGCGCACGAGCACAUCGCCAUGGCUUCGGUAUUCACAGAUCGGAAUCAGCUAACAGUAUAGCCCGCAAAAGUAAAGCACAAGCCAAUGGGCAAUGCCAGCACAGUGAAUCUUUUAAACAUAGAAAUCAUGCGAAGCAUGACAAUGAGACAAGUAAAAUGAGCUCUGCCACGACCGAUCCACACGAAACUAAUGUAGAUAUCCCGAUUCAGUCGUGAACGUCUACAUUUUCCCUAAUGUGAGCUAAGGGAAAGAAAAAAUGAUGGGUUGAGGAGCAAAGAAAAUAGCUUGUUUUCUUACAUCUAAUCACUUGACUGAGUGAGCUGAGCUGAGCUGAAAUGUAUAUGUUUUUUCCCAUUUUUUCUGAAAGCUUAAUGAUUUUACGACAUAUGAGAGAGAUAAUUGUGUAUUACAUGAGACAGUGCAGUUAGAGAAUGAUUUUCUAUGGCUUUUUUGGGUUUGUUUUCUACUUUUCAUUGGAAUUGAUCUGUAUUUUGAUGUUCUUGAGAUGAUCAUUGACAAAGUUUCAAAUUA